GAGCAUGCGCUAUCAAGCGAGUGUCAAACGCUCUCUGGGUCGAUUUUAAUGGCGGUUAAUAAAUCGGGUAAAAGUUAAAAUGUGAUAAGUAAAGUGAAACAACAAAUCACCAAAACCCACUGUAUCCUCCUUGUGUCUAAAUUGUGGCAAAGUGUAGAAAAAAAUACAUUUCAAUGUUGAAGCAAUUACAAAUGGGACUACGAGCAUUUAUGCUUCUAGCAUCGAGAGUUUGGACAUGUUUGUGUUUUAUGAUAAAAAAGCAAACUAGAGCUAUAAUUCAGCAUCAAUCGGUCAAAUACGAUUUAUUCCCCUUAUCACCGCUAUCGAGGCAUAGGCUUAGUAUAGUAAAACGGAAAGUCCUUGUCCUCGACUUGGACGAGACUUUGAUCCACUCGCAUCACGAUGGGGUGGUGCGCCAAACCGUGAGACCGGGGACUCCCCCGGAUUUUGUACUUAAAGUGGUAAUAGACAGACAUCCGGUGCGAUUUUUUGUCCAUAAAAGACCACAUGUAGACUUCUUCCUAGAUAUAGUUUCCCAAUGGUACGAAUUGGUCGUUUUUACGGCCAGUAUGGAGAUUUACGGCGCGGCCGUAGCUGAUAAGUUGGACGCGGGUCGGGGAAUCCUCCAGAGGAGGUUUUAUAGACAGCAUUGCACCCCCGAUCUAGGCUCGUACACCAAAGAUUUGGGUGCGAUUUGCAACGAUCUCUCCAGUGUUUUCAUACUGGAUAACAGUCCGGGGGCCUAUCGCGCCUAUCCCGACAAUGCAAUCCCAAUAAAAUCGUGGUUCUCAGAUCCCACCGACGUGGCGCUGCUCAAUCUGCUUCCGGUUUUGGAUGCGUUGAGGUUCACAGCGGACGUCCGAUCCGUGUUGUCGCGGAAUCUCCACUUGCACCGGCUUUGGUAGAAGAGGUUUCACGUAGUGCUCAAACUGGACAAUACUGAUGUCUGUCACCCACACUUAUCUUCCACACUCCUACCAAUACACCGGAAGUAAACAACCCAAACAGAACUGUUAAUUACUUUUAAUUGUUUCAUUUGAAUUCAGUUAUUUAUUUUGUUGUUUGUGUAGUCUAUUGAGUUUUAUCAUUCCAUGAUAACUUUAUUAUUUUAAUGAACGGAAUUUUAUUUAGACCAAAGACCCAGAAAAUGUUUUUGAUUGUACAGCAUUUUGUUCAGUUCAUUGUACAUAAAUAGCGUAAGUUUUCCAAGACUAAGAAUCUUAUUUUCUGCAUCAGAAAAUAUUUAUAUGAAACAAUAAUUUUGUACUCUAAGGUUGUGUUCAAAAUUAUUGAACUAGAUUAGAUAAUAAUGUAUAUAAAUAGUUUAGCUUGACUAAAAUUAGGCAAAGCUUCGAUUUUUGGCACCAAUUAUUGUCAUAUCAUAAACUCGGUGCCUGAGUUAAACACCACAUUUCGUGGCCAACUUUUAUUUACAGUGGAACUGUACUUAAACAGCCUGGUGCCCUCUCGCGCCCAAUUUUUUCAAGUAAGCUUUGCCAACUCAAUUGGGAGCUUGCCAACAGUUUUGGUUUGUAAAUAGUUGUAAAUUGUGACGCUGUCUUAAUGUUGUUGAAACUAUUAGGUCUUUAAGGUGCUACUUCACACUUUUGUGGAGUCAACUAGUGUGCUGUCUUUAGAAAAAUUUUGUGUUUCAUUCCUAUUAGGUUGUACUUAUGGCAAGUUUUGGAAUAGUUAAUUGUUAGUUUCUAAGAACAAAUCCUAAUUUUUGUAAAUACAUGUUUUAGCUUGUAAACUGUACAGUAACUCUAAUACAAACUUGGAACAAAGUACCUAAUAAAAUGACCUUUUACAGUGAAAUAAAACUAUUUAAGU